AUGUUAAUUAUCAGUGAGCCCUUCGAAACACAUCGCUUUGGCUACAAAAUGACCGUGAUGGUAGCCCCAUAUGGUGACGCACAAGUGGCCCGUCAGUACUUAUCUAUCUAUGUGACUCUGAUCAAAGGUGAUUACGAUGCAAUCCUACGAUGGCCCUUUACACAUCCAAUGACAUUUACGGCACACGCAGUCAACCCUUCAGAAGACCUAGUACGAAAGUUCAUCCCAAAUCCAAUACCACAGAAUCUUCCAUUUCUUGGACGUCCAACUACUCGUAAUGCCGCUUUUGGGAUACAGCGCUUCUGUAAAUUGAUGGACGUCGACAAGUACAUCAUUGAAGGAGACUUCUUUCUCAGCGUACACAUCGAUUUGAGCCUGUUGGAUAGGGAACGAACACCCAGAAUGCCGGCAGAUGAUUUCUGA